UUCGCAACAUCCCAGGCACGGAAAACUCUACAAGAUCAGACUGGGAUUGCCCAACUCCAAAACCCAUCUUGGCCACAUUAACCUUCUCAUCACGAAGGAGGUGAACGUAAGGACGAUGUUGUCGCAAAAAGGAUGGCUUUAUGCCACUACCCUUCUCCUCUUUGCGGCUCCCGCCACCACCAACCCUCAGGAGAGCUCAGCUCCUGUUAUCACUCGACUGAAGACUGAAUGGCCAGCCCCGCCCCUCAUUCUAGAAGCAAUAGAGUUUGUCGCGCAAGAUCGUGGUGCACAAGCCUUUGACUACAUUUCGCAGCUGGCAAGCACAGGAGUACUCUCUCGCUCUUCAGCAGCGAAUUCCAACAGAAUUUACAAUGAGAUUAUUGGAGGGCUGGAUGAGGGGUUGAGCAAAACGCCAGGAGACUCGCAAAGAGAGUCGUUUCUAUUGAGUGCUGCAUCAUUAUCGUUAUUGAAGCUGUCACUAGCGACUCGUAGUAGUGCUCCCCGCAUACAAGCACAGUAUCGGUUUUACACCGAAAAUGUUUUGCCUGCCUUUGGGUCUCCAAGCGCAAAGUUUAAUCAAAAAUGUGACGUCUGGCUAGAUUGGUACGGGACUCAAUCGUGCGACGUCAGUGAAGUUGAGAAGCUUGUCAGUGCAUCUGUCAGCAAUGCGUCAGCGCCAUUGGUUUUCCCAUCCGACCAUAUCUAUCGAUUAGAUAAUUCAGUUAACAGUCGCCCUUUCGCGGUGCUUUACGCCGACUUGCAGUCAGAUGCGUUUCCGCCGUUCCAUUCGGCACUUCUUGCAUCGGCUCGGCGAGGUGAUCUCGCUUAUGUCUUACGGUAUAAGCCACCUUCUGCAAUGCCAGAAGAACCGCUUCACGUUUCCGGAUACGGAGUCGAACUCGCAUUGAAGAGCACUGAAUAUAAAGUUGUUGACGACCGAGAAGUGCAGAAAGGAGAUGAGAGCACAUCCAGCGAAUCGGGCACUCGCAGUGUCAUGAAUGAAGACGAUCCACUCUUUGAAUCGCCUCCAAGAGUCAUGGCUCUAACUGCCAAUGAAACCCAAGGUCUCGGACUCAAAACCACGCAGUUCAUUUUGAACUGCACAAACCCGUUACGUGCUCUUGUCGAUGUCAGUCAGAACUUUCCGAAGUUUGCGCACCUUCUGAAAGGAGUGCAAGUGGAAGCCGCGAUAGCGUCGGAACUGUCGUACAAUCGCGCUUACCUAGCUGCUCGCCGUCAUGGACUGUGGAUCAAUGGAAUUGAGUUGGAUCCGGAGCGGAUUGAUAUUUUCAGUCUGCAGCGGACACUGCGGAUGGAAGUCAGCCGAGUAGCAUCGCUCACAGCGCUUAACCUCACUUCAGACCAGGCAGUUGAUCUGCUGACCACUCCUAUCAGCGAGAAGAGUGGCUCCGAUCUUGAAUGGGGCGAGACGUUCGACGUGCGCUCCGAUCUCGUGGUAUGGUGGAACAAUCUCGAAAAGGACAGUCGGUAUAAAUACUGGCCAGCAAGCGUCAUGGAGGUUGUUCGUCCAUCUUAUCCCGGGCAGCUUAAAUACUUGCGGAAGAACUUGAUGAGCACUGUGCUCAAUUUGGAUUUGGCGAAUCCGUCCCAUCUUCAGAUUAUGACUCAAGUCUUCGCAUUUAUUGAGCGUGAAGUGCCAUUGCGUUUUGGGAUACUGCCCCUGGUAGAUAUACAACACCAUGACUCCGCGUCAUCACUGGCCGCUGGGGCAUUCUAUCAUCUCCUUAAGCACGCGAAACUAAAGGAUGCCAAGAAUUUCAUACAAGCGCUUCGCGAUGCUAGCGGCGACGAAACCCUUACGCCAAAUGCGGUGGAUUCCGCAUAUAAUAAAGUGGCUGGGAAGUCUCUGAAAGCAGCUCUAGCAGAAUGGAACGACGGAUAUAGCGGUCAUGUUCGUCGGUUGCAUGAGUUCUCCCUCCGCUUUGGCACGAGCUUGAGAGAGGGUGCCGUAUUUGCUAACGGCAAAUAUGUUCCACUGAACGAGGAAUGGCAACAAUCCAUGAUCACCACGUAUUUCAAAAUGCUGGAUUACUUAAUGCAGAAAGUCUACAACGGACAAAUUUCCGAUCGUGACAAUUUAUAUGAUCAUUUCUUAACGUUACCCAACGUUAAUAGCAAGCGCAACGAGUUCAUUUUUGGUGAACCAGUUAUGAAAAAUUUCCUUGACUGCGACGAAUGUGAACUUUUGUCUGACAUUGUUUGGCUAUCACCUGAGACCGUCCCUAGCACAAUAUCUAUCAUUGUAGUUGCAGACUUCGCUCAAAAGGAAGGUAUCGAUUUUGCUUUGCAAGCAGUUCAAUAUCUCUCUUUUUCCGAGGGCGUGCGGAUGACAUUCAUCAAUAGCGGUGCUGAGCCUGUAUCGAAGGUACCUCGAUCAACCAGGGCUGACGCGGAAGUUCAAGAAGAAGGACUGGAUGAGUUAGAUAAAGUGUUUCAAGUCACAGGCGAAAGCCUACACACCAAGACGCAGGCCUUUAUAAGAAGUCUGGGGCUAGCUACUGGACAGCGAGCGAUUGUCGUGAACGGACGGAUCGUCGGUCCCAUUCCCUCUGAGAUCCCCUUUGAUGCUCAAGACUUUGAGCUGCUCAUUGCUCGUGAAUUCCGGCAACGAAUUGGAAAUGUCGCGACGAAGAUGGCUGGAUUCUUUGGUAUUCCGGAUAGACAAAGCGAUGCCAUAUCGAUGGCGAUAUUUAAAGCGACGUCGGCAUUGGCAACAAUCGCUAUGCAGGAGAUUUCAAAACCAUUGUCGACCAGCCCGCAAACAAGACGCCCGCUAGAUACUUUCGCGAAACUCAAGAAAGAGCAUAGCUGCAUACUUGUCGGAAAGGAAGAAAACGCCUUACUUCGUAUCAUCGCCAUAGUGGACCCCGUUAGCCAGGUUGCACAGAAAGUAUCUGCGUUACUUCAAGUCCUCAGCAAACUUGAAGGCGUUCGCAUUGAGAUCCUGUUGAACCCUGAACCGGACAUGGGUGGCAGUCUCCCCAUUAAGCGAUUUUACCGCUAUGUGGUAGCGGCCGAGCCAGAAUUUGAUAGCUUAACAGGCGCUAUGAAACCACCCAGUGCGGCGUUCUAUGGUCUUCCGGAGGAGCCUUUAUACACCCUUGGAAUGGAUGUGGCAAGCUCAUGGCUAGUGUUUCCUAGCAGAUCUAUUCAUGACCUUGACAACAUACGACUGUCAACUCUUACCAAUCGCCGCAAAGGAGUUGACGCAGAGUUUUUACUCGAAAACAUUUUAGUUGAAGGCCACGCCAGGGAUAGCAGGACGAAUGGACCACCUCGCGGACUACAGUUCGUGUUAGGAACUAAGCAGUCUCCCUCAAUGUAUGAUACUAUUACGAUGGCAAAUCUUGGUUACCUUCAAUUGAAGGCCAAUCCUGGUGUAUGGCAUUUGCGGUUUCGGGAAGGACGAUCUCGCGAGUUGUACGAGUUCGAGUCGAUUACCGACACUCUUGAGGCGCAGACUACUACCUUGGCUGGCGAGGACGGACCAACGAUCGUUGUCAACAGCUUCGAAGGUGUCACUGUCCUCCCAGUUGUAAAGAAGAAACUUGGGAGAGAGCAAGAGGACAUUUUGGCGGUGGAGAAUGCGGAAAGUGGUGAAGGGAAAGGGCUUUGGAAUCAAAUUAAAGCCAACUUCUUCAGCUCUUCCGCGUCCACUUCAGCCAAUGCCACAAUCAACGUCUUUUCUGUCGCUUCUGGACAUCUAUAUGAACGAUUCUUGUCCAUCAUGAUGCUCAGUGUCGUGAAGAACACUCAGAGUCCGGUCAAGUUCUGGUUAGUUCGCAAUUUCCUGUCUCCCUCUUUCAAGGAAUUCUUACCUCAUUUAGCAAAAGCCUACGGAUUUGAGUAUGAGCUUGUGACAUACAAUUGGCCUCACUGGCUCCGCCAGCAAACAGAAAAACAGAGAACUAUCUGGGGCUAUAAGAUCCUGUUCUUGGAUGUCCUGUUCCCAUUGAAUCUGGACAGGGUUAUAUUUGUGGAUGCUGACCAAGUGGUCCGCACCGAUUUGAAGCAGCUCGUCGAUCUUGAUCUUCAUGGCGCCGUGUACGGUUAUACUCCUUUUUGUGAUGAUCGGAAAGAGAUGGAAGGCUUUCGAUUCUGGAAGCAUGGAUAUUGGAAGGACCACUUGGCGGGAAAGCCUUAUCAUAUCAGCGCUCUCUACGUCAUAGAUUUGAAGCGGUUCAGACAACUGGCAGCUGGUGAUCAACUUCGCCAGCAAUACCAAAUGCUGAGUGCCGAUCCAAAUUCUCUGGCUAAUUUGGACCAAGAUUUGCCCAACAACAUGAAUACUGCUCGACAGCUUCCUAUAUAUUCGCUGUCCCAAGACUGGCUAUGGUGCGAAACUUGGUGCAGUGACGAGUCCUUGAAGACAGCUAAGACCAUUGAUCUGUGCAAUAAUCCUUUGACUAAAGAGCCCAAACUAGAGAGAGCAAAACGCAUUUUACCCGAAUGGGAAGGUCUGGACGCAGAAGUAGCUGCUGUCGCCAAACGCGUUGGCCAUUCGCAAGUACACGGAAAUGUGACAAAGACCUCUGGGGUGACUGAAAGUAUAUCCCAGUAUUCUCCCGUUAGAGAUGAACUAUAGGUUCUUGUAUUAUAAGACAAUGAUUUACAAAUACAAGUCAAAAGAGAGUGCAUCAUGUUCGCUUAGUC